AUGCUGUGCUUCCUGAGGGGAAUGGCCUUCAUCCCCAUCCUCCUGGUGACCUGGUUGUCCUCCACCUUCAUCAUCUCCUACGUGGUUGCCGUGCUCUCCGGGCACGUCAGCCCCUUCCUCCCCUACAUCAGUGAUACAGGAACAACACCUCCAGAGAGUGGAAUUUUUGGAUUUAUGAUAAACUUCUCUGCAUUUCUUGGUGCAGCCACGAUGUAUACAAGAUAUAAAAUAGUAGAGAAGCAAAACCAAACCAGCUAUUUCAGCACUCUUGUUUUUAACUUGGUGUCGUUAGUUCUAGGACUGGUGGGAUGCAUCAGAAUGGGCAUUGUAGCCAAUUUCCAGGAGUUAGCUGUCCCCAUGGUACACGAUGGCGGUGCCUUUUUGGCAUUUGUCUGCGGUGUUAUGUACACACUCCUGCAAUCCAUCAUCUCUUACAAAUCAUGUCCCCAGUGGAACAGCCUUUCCACAUGCCGCAUACGGAUGGCCACCUCUGCCGUUUCCUCUGCAGCCGUCAUCCCCAGAGCUAUAGGGACUUCCCUGGUGAGCGGGGCACACCGGGCCGUGGUUCACGGGGUCUGCGGCUGCGCAGAAGCCCUGGGAGCAGACGGGGCCGAGGCAGCCGAGCGCAGAGAACACGCCUGGGCUUCCGGCUCCGCCCGCGGAGCUUCUCGCGGAAGGCUCUGGAAGUGUGGGAGCAGCGGAGCUGUUCUGGACGCCGUGCUGAUCAGGUGUGUUUGCAGUCUUGGGGAUGAGGCUGCCGAGAACGUGGUUCUUCGCGUUUUUCUUUCUUGGUUCUUUUCCAGUGUGGUUUUUCCUCACACGUGCCGAGAUCAGAUCUUUACCUCAGGGCUUUGGCGGGUGAGAAAGGAUCCUCCCCAGCCUUUUCUUCCUUUGGGAAUCGUGUGGAAAGGGGUUUUCUUUGGUUUUUCAUGUAGGAUUGUAGAAGUGCCUCCUUUUCCGAAGCUCUGUCUUCCACCCCUCGGAUUUAUAUUUGACUUCGGGCGGUGUUCGUAA